AUGCUGGCCGCGGUGAUGGACUACUUCAGCUCCUGCUGGGGCCCGCGAUCUCGUGCCGGGCACCGGGGCAAGGGCUCCGACGCCGCUGGCCGGCAGGACGGUCUCCUCUGGUACAAGGACGCCGGCCAGCUCGUCACUGGGGAGUUCUCCAUGGCCGUGGUGCAGGCCAACCAGCUGCUCGAGGACCAGAGCCAAGUGGAGUCCGGAUCGCUCUCCCUCGCUGACCCCGGCCCGCAGGGCACCUUCGUCGGCGUCUAUGAUGGCCAUGGCGGCCCGGAGACGUCCCGGUUCAUCAAUGACCACCUCUUCAACCAUCUCAGGAAAUUUGCAACUGAGCACAAGUGUGUGUCAGCGGACGUGAUCCGGAAAGCUUUUCAAGCAACUGAGGAGGGCUUUCUUUCUCUAGUAAGCAGGGAAUGGUCUAUUAAGCCUCAGAUUGCUUCAGUAGGCUCCUGCUGCCUUGUUGGUGUAAUCUGUGCUGGGACUCUCUAUGUUGCAAACCUGGGCGACUCACGUGCAGUUCUUGGAAGGCUUGUUAAGGCAACUGGAGAGGUUGUGGCCAUGCAGUUGUCAUCGGAGCACAAUGCAUGCCAUGAGGAAGUUAGACAAGAGCUUCAGUCAUCACAUCCUGAUGAUCCACAUAUUGUGGUUCUCAAACACAAUGUUUGGCGAGUGAAGGGUCUCAUCCAGAUCUCAAGAUCUAUUGGAGAUGUAUAUCUAAAGAAACCAGAGUAUAACAGAGAACCUCUUCAUAGCAAGUUUCGGCUUCGAGAAACCUUCCAGAAGCCGAUUCUUAGUUCUGAACCUCAAAUUACUGAACAUCGAAUACAGCCAAACGAUCAGUUUGUUAUAUUUGCUUCUGAUGGUCUAUGGGAGCACCUCAGCAAUCAGGAAGCAGUUGACCUUGUCCAAAGUAGUCCCCGUAAUGGGAUCGCUCGGAGACUAGUGAAAGCCGCGAUGCAAGAAGCUGCCAAGAAGAGGGAGAUGAGAUAUUCAGACCUCAAGAAGAUCGACCGAGGUGUGAGAAGGCAUUUCCACGACGAUACAACCGUGGUUGUGUUGUUCCUGGAUUCAAAUGCCAUGAGCAAAGCAAGCUGGAGCAAAAGCCCCUCUGUUUCUAUCCGAGGGGGCGGUGUCACCCUUCCCGCGAAAUCCCUCGCACCUUUCUCAGCUCCGGCCCAGUUGAACAGCACCUACUGA